AUGAAAAGAAUAAAAGAAGAAAUUGGAACAAAACUUGAUACUAGAAACGAUCCUACUAUUGUUAAAAGAUUAGCAGAACAAGGUAUGACUGUUAUUAAUACUGCAAAAGGAGAAGAACUUAAAAAUCGUAUAAAAGCUGUCAAAUAUAUUGAAUGUUCUGCAAAAACAAGCGAAAAUUUAAAGACAGUUUUCGAUGAAGCAGUUAAAACUGUGUUAAUGAAUAAACCACAGCAAAGAUCAAAGUGUGCUCUUUUAUAA